AUGGGUCUCAUCUCCCAACUGAUUCCAGCUCUGGUCUGCUUACUAGCAUGUACCAGCAACUUCAUCCAGGGAUGCAAAUACGACAUCACCUUACAAGAGAUCAUCAAAACGCUGAACAACCUCACAGAUGGAAAGGGCAAGAAUUCGUGCAUGGAGCUGACUGUAGCGGAUGCCUUUGCUGGCCCGAAGAACACAGAUGGAAAGGAAAUCUGCAGGGCUGCAAAGGUGCUUCAACAGCUCUAUAAAAGACAUGACAGGUCCUUGAUCAAAGAAUGCCUGAGCGGACUGGACAGGAACCUCAAGGGCAUGGCAAACGGGACCUGCUGUACUGUGAAUGAAGCCAAGAAGAGCACAUUGAAAGACUUUUUGGAAAGGCUAAAGACGAUCAUGAAAGAGAAAUACUCAAAGUGU